CGCAAGAAGCAAAACCCACAAUUCGCACCAGUCCAGCUAGAGGCGGAGCUAAAGGGGCCGGAUAAGGCAAGUACGUCAUGCACAGGGGGCGGGACGUCCGGCUUCGGUUUCCUGGGCGACAGCCGCCGGCUGGUCCGCGCGUGGUCUAGGGGCUUUUGCAGGCAUGGGGACUCCUGCAGGCCUGCAGACUGACUGCGAGGCGCUGCUCAGCCGCUUCCAGGAGACCGAUAGCGUGCGCUUCGAGGACUUCACGGAGCUCUGGAGGAGCAUGAAGUUCGGGACCAUCUUCUGUGGUAGAAUGAGAAAUUUAGAAAAGAACAUGUUUACAAAAGAAGCAUUAGCUUUGGCUUGGCAAUAUUUUUUACCACCCUACACCUUCCAGAUCAGAGUUGGUGCUUUGUAUCUGCUAUAUGGAUUAUAUAACACCCAGCUGUGUCAACCAAAACAAAAGAUUAGAGUUGCCCUGAAAGAUUGGGAUGAAGUCUUAAAAUUUCAGCAAGAUUUGAUAAAUGCACAACAUUUUGAUGCAGCUUAUAUCUUUAGGAAACUGCGACUAGACAAAGCAUUUCACUUUACAGCAAUGCCCAAAUUGCUAUCAUAUAGAAUGAAGAAGAAAAUUCAACGAGCUGAAGUUACAGAAGAAUUUAAGGACCCAAAUGAUCGUGUAAUGAAACUUAUCACUUCUGAUGUGUUAGAGGAAAUGCUGAAUGUUCAUGAUCAUUAUCAGAACAUGAAACAUAUAAUUUCAGGUGAUAAAUCCAAUCCAGACAAAGCCCUCAGCUUGAUAAAGGAUGAUUUUUUUGACAAUAUUAAGAACAUAGUUUUAGAGCAUCAGCAGUGGCACAAAGACAGAAAGAAUCCAUCCUUAAAAUCAAAAGUUAAAGAUGGAGAAGAAAAGAGAGAAGGAAAUUCACAAGAAUCAGAGAGAUGUGAAAGGGCAGAAUCCUUAGCGAGAAUAAAAUCAAAGGCCUUUUCAGUUGUUGUUCAGGCAUCCAAGUCAAGAAGGCACCGUCAAGUCAAACUUGACUCUUCUGACUCUGAUUCUGCAUCUGGUCAAGGACAGAUCAAAGCAACUAGGAAAAAAAGAAAUAAAGAAACAUUGAAAUCAGCAGGAAGGAAGAUGUCUUCCAAAAACAGAGAUAACAUGCAGAAUGUACAUAAAGAAGAUAAAUCUUUAAGGCUGAGUAUGCCUGUAAUUACAGAAGAAGAAGAGGACAAUGAAAGUUUUAGUGAAACAGAGUUCACAGCACCCAAGAGGAAAAGAAAAUCCAGAACAAAGAACCUGGUGUAGAGUUCUUAAUUUUGACCUUUCUGAAAGAAGAAAAGAUUAUAUUUUUUGUAUAUUGAACAGGAAGACUGUCAGUAUUAAAAAUAAUUCUUCUGGGAAACUGUAGGUUAUUUCUUUGAAAUGACAAUAUCUUAACAUAGUUCUCUACUAAAGGAACAAAAAAAUAGAAAUAAAAAUUUACUUCAGAAUUUAAUUUUAACAUUUCUGUUUAUGAAGUCUGCAUAAAUGGAAAUAAAGUUUGGAUUUAGAAUGUAAAAGAAAUAAUCCUGUUAUGUGCAGAUUAUUACUGUUUCUGAAAACUUUUUGUGAUGUUUUAUUACUACAGUUCUGAUAAUAUUAACUAUUUAAAAUACUUGUUCUUGAAAUAGUAAUGUUUAUUACAUGCAAGUCGUUAAUUAUAUAUAGUCUGGUAAUGGAUUUGUUUAUGAUGUGUAUUAACUAUUCUAUAUAUUGUAUGGUUGAGUGCAAUACAAUUUUUGCCUUAUUUGCUUUAUUUUUAAACCUAUGAAACUUCUGUGGUCCGUAACUUAAAUGAUUGAUAAUUUAGGAAGCUCAGUUUCUACUUCUGCAAUCAAUUAAAUAUUCUCUGGUGCUUGUUUCAAAGCUCCCUUUGGCCUAACAUUUAUGAAUGUAUGUAUGUUUGUUUGUGUAUAUAUAGAUACAUGUAGGCAUGUGUCCAUAUGUACAUACAUGAUUAGUUCAGUACAUUAUUUAAAUACAUUUAAAUACUAAUUAUUUCUGACAAAACCUUUAAGAAUGGUAAUGUGAAUUCUAGAAUGUGUCGUACAUACAGAAAAAAUGUCUAUAGCUUUGUGGAUGUGCCUCUGUUUAAUUUCUCAUUUAAGACCUUUAAAUGGAGAUCACUUAAGUUAUGUUGUUUGAAUUGCUGCCAUUAGCAGACCAUCUCCGACCAUGUAGUUGGCUCCGCCUGUCUUACAGUUGAGUAUACUCCAUGUUGUCUUCUAGCAUUGUAAAUUCAGGAAUUUUGCAAAUGUCCUGUGAGUGAAAAUGUGUGAUAUCUGUCAUCUUUUAAAAUCAAAAUACUAAUACUAGCCCAAAUAAACUUUUAUAAGAAUC